GGGUAGCAUUAAUAACACGUAAGAGGCGGACAGACAGAUACAUAGAACUCAUUGCAACACUAACACCAAAGAAGCCACAUGCUAAUAAGCACAUCACCCGAUUAACACUCUUUGUCAGGAGCAACACACAGUUCACAUUCUGUUAAGAGUGGGUACAGGACCAGCGGCAACUGACAUUAGUUGGCUGAAGAACAUCCACCUUAAUAUCGAUGUUUGUAACUCAGUGAGGUUUUGUACACAAAAGGUUUGCAUACUGAGAGGUUGACUGAGAGUCUCAGCACAGGCUUUCUCCAAGUACCACUUACAAAUGUACUGACAGAUAGCAAGCACUUCUGAAGCAGAGGAGUUCUUCAAUCUGCCAUUGUUGGAAAGGAUGCAGUCUGCAUUCUCAAGCCCCAGGAGGGAUGCUGAGAAAGAGUCUGAGGAGCCAUCUCAUAGAGGUCUAGGCUUGCGUCGCAAACGUGAAUUUACACCAGAAGAGAAAAAGGAUGCCUCUUACUGGGAAAAACGUCGCAAGAACAAUGAGGCAGCCAAGCGUUCAAGAGAGAAGCGCAGAGCAAAUGACUUCAUGCUGGAGACACGGCUAGUGGCACUGAGUGAGGAAAAUGCAGCUCUACGAGCUGAGCUACUGGCUUUGAACCUUCGAUAUGGCCUGAUCAGCUCUAAUUGUCCUUACACAUCACAUCAGAGGAGCUUCCUUCAGAUGCAUUCAUACUUUGCUCAAACAUCAAACAACUACCCAGACAGAGAGCUUUGGGAAAGGGACAAAAUGAGUCAGGAGUCUUCCCAAUGGCCUGGAUACCAGCAAGCAACUGAGGCCAUAGCAGCUCAUUAUGGCUCAAACUUUGUUGCCUCACACUCCUUCCCCAUCAACAGGGCCUAUUCUUACCUUCCGGAUGUACCGAGUUUUGUUCCGUCUACAAGCACACCCGUGGUCUUAGCUCCUGUGUUCCCACCACUGGCUGCCUCUUUUCCAGAAAUUCCAGUGUUAAAUCCAGUGAAUCAGAGAACAACAAUACACAAGGAGGUUGAGCAGCAGCCACCAGCCAAUAGCAGUGCUAUGCUGCCUCACAAGCUCAGGCUAAAGAAUCCAAGAUCAGCAAAGAAAAAAGAAGACAGAAUCUCACCUACAUCCCCACUCUCAAUAUAUGUAUCCGGCUAAAGAAAGAUGCCUGAUAAAUGCUACAUGGUAACA